AUGCCUCUCCAUCCCAUACCACUCUCCCACCCACACAUCACAUCACAGCAAUCUCGCCAACAACAAGGUCCGGCCGCUCACUCCCCCCCCCAUGCUUUCCCUCUCAUGCCUCUCCUCCCAUACAUGUUCUGCUCUCAUGCCUCUCCUCCCAUACAUGUUCUGCUCUCAUGCCUCUCCUCCCAUACAUGCUUUGUUCCCAUGCCGCUCUCCCUCCCACGCCACAGCGAUCUCGCCAACAACAACAUUGGCCCGCUCACUGACAGCAUCGGCACCAUCCCCAACCUGGAGUACCUCUAUCUCGGUGGCAACAACUUCACAGGCAGCACCAUCCCCAGCACCAUCACCGCCCUUACAAACCUCGUUGUGCUGGAUGAUGUGAAUCUGCUGGAAAUCAUCCCUGCAACAAUCCCAUGUCUGCUGGAAAUCCUCCCCUCCCUACCUUUCCCAUCCUCCCCUCCGUACCUUUCCCAUCCUCCCCUCCCUACCUUUCCCAUCCUCCCCUCCCUACCUUUCCCAUCAUCCCUUCCCUACCUUUCCCAUCCUCCCCUCCCUACCUCUCCCAUCCUCCCCUCCGUACCUUUCCCAUCAUCCCCUCCCUACCUUUCCCAUCCUCCCCUCCCUACCUUUCCCAUCAUCCCUCCCUACCUUUCCCAUCCUCCCCUCCCUACCUUUCCCAUCCUCCCCUCCGUACCUUUCCCAUCAUCCCCUCCCUACCUUUCCCAUCCUCCCCUCCGUAACUUUCCCAUCAUCCCCUCCCUACCUUUCCCAUCCUCCCCUCCGUACCUUUCCCAUCCUCCCCUCCGUACCUUUCCCAUCCUCCCCUCCCUACCUUUCCCAUCAUCCCCUCCCUAUCUUUCCCACGCCAGGGGCCUCGAAUACACAGUGCUUUCCAUUCCCCUGCCCUCUCACGGACGCUCCCCUCUCACCGCCACAGCCUGCAGCAACAACGAUUCUUCUGUGGCCUGCCCUGCCAGCAGAUCCCACCAGUGGCACCCCAUGUGUGGUGGAGCAGAGCGACAACAGCCCCUUCUGCACCGCCUGUGGUUUGAGAUGCCCCGAACCCCCUCUCACCCCCCUCUCCUCCCUCUCUCUGGCCCUCUCCCCUGCCCUCUCUCCCCUGCAUGCAGCGACUAUGAUAUUACCGUGGCGUGCCCUGCCAAGAACACCUCGUGUGUGGUGGAGCAGAGAGACGGCAGCGAGUUCUGCACCGCCUGUGCCGCCUUCUGCUCCUCGUGCAUCCAGCCUGCCCCUGGUGGGUACCAUCUGUUGCAUCCAGCCUGCCCCUGCUCGGGGUUGUCGACAGGAGCCAUCGUGGGCAUCGUGGUGGGCGUGCUGCUCUUCACUGUUGGCACCAUUGCUGUUGUCUUCAUUGUCAUUCAGUGUGGCAAGAGGUCCAAAGAGGUGGAGGUGGAAUACACGACUCAAGCUACAGGAGCAUACGCAGGGGAUAACCAGUACAAGCCGCCCCAGGGUGCUUAUGCUGGUUACCAGCCUGACGGUGGCAACGACGCUGACGACCAGCAGCAUCACGCCCACCACAAUGCCCACGAUGGCUCCUGCGGUCGGCCCCGUGCUGGAGGAUGGCUCAUUGGCGCUGGCAUUGUUGGUUUUGUUGGCGCUGGUGUUGUUGGUGUUGUGGCUGGUGUUGUUGGUGUUGUUGUUGUUGGUGCUGGUGUUGUUGGUGUUGGUGUUGUUGGUGCUGGUGUUGUUGGUGCUGGUGCUGGUGUUGUUGGUAUUGUUGGUGUUGGUAUUGGUGUUGUUGGUGCUGGUGUUGUUGGUGUUGUUGUUGUUGGUGCUGGUGUUGUUGGUGUUGGUGUUGUUGGUGCUGGUGUUGUUGGUGCUGGUGCUGGUGUUGUUGGUAUUGUUGGUGUUGGUAUUGGUGUUGUUGGUGCUGGUGUUGUUGGUGCUGGUGUUGUUGGUGUUGUUGGUGUUGGUGUUGGUGUUGGUGGUGUUGUUGUUGGAUGGAGGGGGCUUAACAGGAGAAGGAGGAAGAGGAAGAGGGGAAGGAGAAGACACCGAGGGCGAUGCAGGGAUGGGAGGAGAGAUUGGACGCCCUGA